AUGGUCCCUGCAGUUGAUGAUCGGCUUGCCAUCCUCGCCAUCUUACCUAUUUCCUUUGUUGUCGUUACUGCCCUCGGGCGGUUCAUAGAGAACAGACAGAACAAACCUCCCCUUCCCCCUGGACCAGUGCCACUCCCACUGCUAGGGAAUGUCCUAUCUAUUAAUACUAAAGAACCUUGGUUGACUUACACUCGAUGGCAUGCUGCUUAUGGGGAUUUGGUAUAUGUGCGAAUCCUGGACCAGGAUGCGAUCGUGAUCAAUUCUCAGCACAUUGCAAAAACCUUACUGGACAAGCGUUCUCGCAUUUACUCCGAUCGGCCAUACAUAGCCACACUCGAGCCGUUCGGCUGGUCCAGCAACUUUGGGUUCAUGAGGUAUAAUGAUGAAUGGCGUCGUUGCCGACGAAUCUUCCACCAAACUUUCCGUCCCGAGUCUGCAGUAAAGUUUCGCCCAAUGCAAAUGAGACGCGCUCGUGAAAUGGUUGUCAAUCUAAUUGAUGACCCUCAACAUUAUCAUUCCCACUUCGCAACAUUCUCGUCAUCCGUUGCGAUGUCAGUUGUAUAUGGCUACCAGACCAGUGCUCGUGAUGAUCCUCUAGUUCGACUCCUAGAAAGUGUAUCGGACCUAGGCAUUGCUGUGAUGACCCAAGAGAGAGCAGUCUUGCUCAAAACCUUCCCCUUCUUACUAAAGCUACCUGACUGGUGUUGGGGAUCCUCACUCAAACGCGAUGCUCAAAUUUCGACCAAUGGCACGACAGAGUUGAGAGAGAUGCCAUUUCAAUAUACGCAGCAGCACAUGGCCGAUAGCUCGCCACAUGAGCAAUUGUCUAAGUCGAUGGUAGCAGAAAGUUUGCAACGGAUGGAGAAGCAAGAUGAGGCAUCCAAACCAAUCUUUGAGUCUGCCUUGAAGAAAGCUGCUGUUACUGCAAUUAUAGGUUCAACUGACACGACUACUUCGACGUUGAUGGCUUUUGCUCUCGCCAUGGUAUCUUACCCAGACGCUCAAAGACGCGCACAAGCAGAGAUCGACUCAGUAAUUGGAAGAGAUCGCUUACCUACGUUUGAAGAUAGGGCAUCACUACCCUACGUCGAAUCAGUUCUGCGUGAGACUUUGCGAUGGCACCCUAUUGGACCUCUAGGCGUGCCUCAUGCUACUUCAAGCGACGAUAUAUACGAUGGUUACUUUAUUCCAAAAGGAGCCACCGUCAUAUACAAUAUAUGGGCUAUUACACGGGAUGAAAAGCGGUACCCUGAUUCAACUUGUUUUAAACCAGACAGGUUCAUGGACGCCAACGGUGCGUUGACAGACGAUAACCCUGCUGAAUACAUUUUUGGCUCAGGCCGACGUGCAUGUGCAGGCCGGUAUGCUGCUGAUGCCUCUUUGUGGUCUGCUAUUGUGACCGCGUUGGCCACUGUUGAAUUUUCUUCCCGCAAAGAUGACCAGGGCAAAGCGAUCGACUUCACCCCUCAAUUCACGACUGGAUUCACUCAGUAA